CCACCGCACUCGGUGAACUGCAGGGGCUGUGUAGUAUAGAAUGACGUGUACUCCUCUCAUGGUCCAUUGAUAGUUCUGUUUGGUUGCCGAGAAACUGAGGGAAAACUCAAAACUUUUACCAUUUCAAUAUUCGUUGCUGGGACAAUAAAUCCUUUUUCUUUUUUCUUUUUCUUUUUCUUUUUUUAACUUCUCGGCGGCCAAAUAAUUCGUUCCUCCUUGAGAGGUUGUCUAGAAAAAAGCAUCUUCGAUCAUGGAAGCUCUAGAAAAAUCUGAAGAAACCGUUUCGAAUAAUACUCCCAGGAUGGCUGGAACUGUCAAUUGGGGCACAGCAACUGUCAUUGGAGUGUUUGCAGGCAUGAUGUAUGGAGGCAGUAAGGAGGCAGCUGCUUCUGUUAGCAAGGAUGCGGAAGUAAUGUUGAAGUUAGGGAGCACGCCGGACAAGCGUGAGCAGCAUCGAUUAAUGAGAGAUGCAAUGGAGAAGAGGUUCAUUCGAGUCACUCGUGGCUCGAUAGUUGGUGGAGUGCGCCUUGGAAUGUUCACUGCUGCGUUCUGCGGUCUACAGGAUUUGCUUGCAGAGAAACGUGGCGUGCACGACGUUUUCAAUGUUGUUGGAGCUGGUUCAGCCACUGCUGCGACAUUUGGUCUAAUCAUGCCAGGAUCACUCCUUUGGCGUGCAAGGAAUGUUGUGCUGGGUUCAGUUCUGGGAGCAGCGAUUUGUUUCCCUAUAGGUUGGCUCCAACUGAAGCUUAUAGAGAAAGCAAAUGAAAGUAAUAUGGCUGCUCACCCUGAUUCAGAUCAAAGGGCGAGAAGUGGUGUCGGUGCCGCAAUAGAUAGGCUUGAAGAAAACUUGAGUAAAUAGAACAGCAAAAUUUGGAGGAGCCUGACCUCUCCAAUUUUCCAAUGGAAGUUCAGAGGGAUUAAAAGAAAGAUAGGAGGGCUAGCCCCAAAAAUAGAUCUAACGCUUUUGUUUUGCAACUGAUUCUCUUUUUUUCUGUUGUUCCCAUUGAUUGUGAGAACUGAGAAUAGCUCUUAAAGCUUGGUGACCUAAAAACAGUUCGUUUUAGGUUGAUCUUUGAGGUUAUUUAUGCCUUGUUUUGUUGGUGAUGAUGUUAUUUAUGUCAAUCACCAAAUGAAUAAGAAAAUCGAAAAUUUUUCA